AUGGUAAAGACCAAAGGGAAGGAUUCGGGAAGUAAGGAUAAAGGCAGUAAGGAUAAAGGCAGUAAGGAUAAAGGUAGUAAGGAUAAGGGAGGAAAUAAGAAAAAAGGAGGAAAGGCGCAAGAGAGUGGAAAAGACGAUAGUAAGGACAGUAAAUUGAAGGGUAAUACGAUCAAGGUUCGGCAUAUUCUCUGUGAGAAACACUCGAAGGCUCUGGAAGCAUUACAAAAAUUAAAAGAGAGCGAACGCUUUGACAAAGUAGCUGCGGAAUACAGCGAAGACAAAGCAAGACAAGGAGGCAUGUGUGAUCUUGGCUGGCGUAUGCGUGGAACAUUGUUACAAGAAUUUGAGAAAGCUGCAUUCAACUUACCAACAAGUACGGUUGAUUCACCGAUAUAUACUCCUGAACCUGUGCGAACGUCAGAAGGAUACCAUAUAAUAAUGGUUGAAGAAAAUGAUAUCUCUGAUGGAAUGAAGAAAAUAAUUUUGGAGGAUGUAUCACUCGUUAUUCCCCACACACUCAGUGCCAGGUUAUAA